AUGACAGACAAGAAGAAUAAGAAGAAUAAAUUGCAGGAUGUGUUGACUGGAAGCGUUAGUACAGUGUUUAGCUCCAAAUCCAAGAACAAGAAUGCAAACAAUAACAGCAGCGAUGGCUCUAAUAACCAAAGCGGUGGUUACGGCGGCGGCGGUCACAACACUGGCACUCAUUUGGGGCUUAACUGGCGGACAGACACUCAGCCAUCACUUAACAGACCCAAUAGUGAAGAAUUUGGUACUAACUAUGAGGUGAAUGCUAUGACAGGCGGUGAUGAGAGGCACAUGUCUCUACCAAACUUGGAUCAGUUGACUGACGACGACAUUAACAUUCAGUUUGAGUCAAUGCUUGAUGACAUGAAUUUGACUGAAGAGAAGAAGAAGCCUUUGAGAGCGAGUCGUAUGGAGCAGAAGAAGUCACUGCUUGGGGCGCACUAUAAGCAGAAGUUUGCGUCCAAUAGAUCCCGAUUUGUGACACCCAAUGAUUACGUGAAGUUUCUUCAGGAGAAUACAGACAUUUCAAGCGAAAAGCUCUACCGUUGUAUUGAAUCGUUACGAAUAGAGUUAACUAAUAAACCCGUUUCGUGGGUCAAACAAUUUGGCCAAAAUCAAGGUCUUCAGUGUCUGCUUUCGGUUCUCAAAAAUUGCUACCAAUGCCAGGGCUCGUCCGCACGACAGGCCCAUAAAGUACAGCACGAGUGCAUCAAAUGUCUUAAGGCCCUCAUGAAUAACACGGCCGGUAUAAACCAAGUGUUUGAGCACAAGGAAGCGCUGACAAUAUUGGCGCGUUCUCUGGACCCGAACCAGACAACUGUGAUGAGCGAAGUGGCGGAACUGUUGGCCGCUCUCUGUCUGGUCAACAAAGACGGCACCAAUGGUCACGACAAAGUGCUCGAAGCGAUGACUAUUUGUGCCGAACAGAACAACUCUGUCGACCGAUUCUCGCCGAUCAUCGAAGGCAUGCGCAACGCUGGGAACGUGUCCUUACGACUGGCGUGUAUGCAACUCAUCAACGCUGUCAUCACCAACAAUGAAGACUUCGACUUCAGACUCCAUCUCCGCAACGAAUUCUUUAGGACUGGUUUUUACGAUCUUUGGGACGACUCUCUCCUUCCCCUCAUUCAACAGCACAACGACUCGGAAGAGUUGGUGACUAAGAAUUUGCACACAAAGACACCGAAUGAAAAGUUGGUUGAUAUGAUCAAUGUGUUCAACAAUGCCAAAGAUGAAGACUUCGAGGAACUCAACCAACGCUAUGAUAACAUUCGCUUCGAGUUGGACGAUAUGGAUGAGUGCUUUAAUCUGAUUAAAAACAGUGUCCGCAACACUCCGGCCGACAAUCAUUUGCUCUCAGUUUUCCAACAUUUGCUUCUCAUUAGAGACGACGUUUACUCGAGACCCGCUUAUUAUCGACUUAUCGAAGAGUGUGUGUCACAGAUAGUACUGCAUAGGAAUGGUGUGGACCCUGACUUUAGACACACCAAACGGUUUAAGAUAGAAGUGGAUUACGUGAUCGAACACAUUGUCGAACGCUCUAAAGAGGAGGACCACAAGACUAGCUCUGAUCUGAACAAAAAGCUCGAGGAAGCGUUGACUGACAAAGAGGAAACAGAGGCUAAACUGCAACAAUUGCAGAUCAGAUUACAACAACUCGAAACUGACACCCAAUCCAACAAAUCUAAACCCAUUCCAAACAUUGCCAUUCCUCCCCCUCCCCCUCUACCCACUGGAGGUCCUAUACCACCACCGCCUCCAUUGCCACCCAUGACUGGUGGCUCAAUACCACCGCCGCCCCCUUUUCCACAAAUGUCUGGAGGACCGCCGCCACCACCACCACCUCCCCCGCCUGGUGGCGGACCUCCACCCCCACCCCCUUUGCCUGGAAUGGGUUUGCCUCCUCCCCCGCCACCCGGUUUAGGUUUACCUAAUGCUAUGCAUUUGAAUGCAAACCAAAUUGAGUUUCCUUACGAUAUUAAACGUAAGAAAUAUGAACCAAAAACACCACUAAAGAAACCAAAUUGGAAAAAGUUAACUCCAACCAAAGUGUGUGAGGACUCCAUUUGGGUUGAGAUCAAAUGUGACGACCAAUUGGUCGGUGAAGAUGUAUUCGACUCACUGUCUAUGCAAUUCUCAUCGGAUCCACACCAUAGAGUGCCUAAAGAGCUGACAAAUACCAGCGAAAAAGUUCAAACUAUUAAGAAGACUAAAGAACUUAAAGUUUUAGAUACAAAGACCGCCCAAAACUUAUGUACGAAUUUUAAUUCAUUUACUCUAUAUUUAUGCCAAUUAUUAUUUGCAGUGAUUUUGUUGGGAUCUGUGAAGAUGUCAGCCGAGGAAUUAAAGAAUCAUAUUUUUUCGGUCAAUGAACAAGACUUGAGUGAAAAUAUUUUACAGCAAAUUCUUCGAUAUCUACCGCCAGAGAACCAACUCUUAAAACUUGAAGAGUCUCGCAAUGAAAUCGAUAGUUUACACGAAGCAGAGAGAUUUGCGCUAACUUUGGGUUCAAUCAAAGGAUUGGUUAAGAGAUUGAAUGCCAUUUCAUUUAAGAUGAAAUUUAAGGAAUCAGUUCAAGACAUACAGCCAGAUGUGGUCAACGCGACCAUCGCUUGUGAAGAGUUGCGGAAAUCUCCCAAAUUUGCGUUAAUUGUAAAGUUAGUUCUUGUUCUCGGAAACUAUAUGAACGCUGGCUCUCGAAAUGCACAGUCGAUAGGCUUUGAGAUUAGUUUUCUGCCAAAACUGAGUUCUACUAAAGCGGCAGAUAAUAAGUCAACACUUUUGCACUUUUUGGCACAAACUGUAGAACAGAAACAUCCGGAAUGUCUUAAUUUCUGGGAAGAAAUCAUUCACUGCGAUAAAGCGGCCAGAGUAUCUCCGGAACAAACACUGAAGAAUCUGAACGCUAUGCGCAAAAGUAUCAAAGAAUUAGAUUUAGAUCUCAAGAACUUUAAGCCAUUGAACAGUGAAGACAAGUUUGGAGACAUAAUGUCCAAGUUUUUGAUAGAAGCCAAGGAUAAGUUUCAAAUUCUUGAACAUCAGUUCAAUAAAAUGGACCGACUUUUCACUGAAAUCGCCAGAUAUUAUACAUUUGAUCAGAAGAAGUACACAAUGGAUGAGUUCUUUAGCGAUAUUAAGUCAUUCAAAGACCAGUUCAUUGACGCCAAGAAUGAGAACAUCAAGAAGAGAGAGAUGGAAGAGAAGAUGAGGCGCGCAGUGAAAGCCAAAGAACAGGCAGAGCUCGAGAAACUGGAGAGAAAGUCGAAACGAGUGAACCUCGAUAUUGCCAAAGACCAGGAGGGCGUUAUGGACAGCCUUCUCGAGGCACUCCAAACUGGCUCUGCUUUCGCACAAACCAAACGCAAACGACAACAACGACCUCUCAAUCCCAACGAAAAGCAGAAUCUGAACGCUAUGCGCAAAAGUAUCAAAGAAUUAGAUUUAGAUCUCAAGAACUUUAAGCCAUUGAACAGUGAAGACAAGUUUGGAGACAUAAUGUCCAAGUUUUUGAUAGAAGCCAAGGAUAAGUUUCAAAUUCUUGAACAUCAGUUCAAUAAAAUGGACCGACUUUUCACUGAAAUCGCCAGAUAUUAUACAUUUGAUCAGAAGAAGUACACAAUGGAUGAGUUCUUCAGCGAUAUUAAGUCAUUCAAAGACCAGUUCAUUGACGCCAAGAAUGAGAACAUGAAGAAGAGAGAGAUGGAAGAGAAGAUGAGGCGCGCAGUGAAAGCCAAAGAACAGGCAGAGCUCGAGAAACUGGAGAGAAAGUCGAAACGAGUGAACCUCGAUAUAGCCAAAGACCAGGAGGGCGUUAUGGACAGCCUUCUCGAGGCACUCCAAACUGGCUCUGCUUUCGCACAAACCAAACGCAAACGACAACAACGACCUCUCAAUCCCAACGCAUCUAGCGGCAGUUCAUGA